AUGCAAGUUGCACAAUUUGAAGAGGCAAAGCUUCGUCAGCUGGAUGUUCUAUUCCAUGAAGAAUCUACUAUCCAUCUCACCUCUUUUAUUACCUUUCAAAUCAUCAAAGCUGUUGAUGAUGGCUCUCUAAUCCCUCCCACGUCUCUCGAGGGCCCACCCGAGAUUCUUAAUAGGGCUGAGAUCCAGACUUUAAACUGGCCAGUAGUCAAAAUCCUGGAGUUCACGGCUAUCUUUCCAUCACAUUGA